CGACUGAAAGAUCUAGAAGGCUUUGAGAGGAUGGUACAAGAUGUAGAGUUUUUCCGAGAGAAGUUGGCGAUCUACACUCGCCAGUCAAUUAUAACUAAACUAAUUCCAAUUGCCCGAUCUCUGGGUCUUAUUAAUGUGGAUUCAAGUAUCUUUAAGGGCACAGUAAUCCCCUCACCUCUGAUUUGUCUCGACUGCGUCUACGAGGUUUUGCCAACUGUUGCUCGUCAGGAGGUUGAUCGAUUAACCAAAGAGACACAGGACGGGGAAUAUACUCUCACGUUGACAUUGACAACUACGCUGGACUAUGUCAACCACCUUACCUUCUUGAGACAGAUACAGUUGAGAAUUGAAUCCCUCGAGAGGGAGUCAGAUGCCGUUCGAUCCAUGUACGAUCUUAUCGACGCAUUUAAGGUUCCUGUACCGCCUGAGGAUUUGGCAAUUUAUCAGACAUUACAUCCGGCUAUAGAAAGAACUGCUACCGCCAUAGACAAAGCAAUCGCCGAACGUGACGCGAAAGUCGAUACCUUCUUUAGCUGUUUGAAUAAAGAUAUUGGUGACCUUAUCAAUGAAGUUAAAGAAACUAAACAGAGUGUUGAAAACCCUCUGCUUUUGGACAACACGAGAGAUAGAGCGGAGUUGAUUGUUGAAUUGGACCGGUUGGAAAGAAUUGAUUUAACUUUACAAAUCAGUGGAAAUCAACUUGAGGACCAGAUUUUAAGUCGACCCGGUAUAAGAGCAAGCAGUUUUUUGGAGUGGCUCGGGAAACUAUAUCCCAAUGUUGUGAAGGUAUGUUAA